AUGAACAUCAAGUCAUUGCUCCAAAAUACAUCUCUGGAACCAUUGACUGAUUUUAUAUCAGAAGUGAAUUUCAAUCGUUGUACACUUUAUUUAAACUCUAUUCCUAAAUAUAGAGAUUACACUAUUGGGCAAAUCGUCCAGAACGAUGUUAUAGAGUACAUCCCUAGAUGUCAUCCUAUGAACUAUAGAGAUUGGUUUUAUCUGGUUGCAGUUUCUACCUCGGAUUUUUUGAGAAAAUUCCCAUUCGUAUAUCAAUCAAGUUCACGUGAUCAAUCGUUUAUUCUACAAAAGAAUUUUGUGAAAGUCGCAAGUUUUUGUGAAGCAUUUCGAUAUUAUCUGUUGGGAGAGAAACAAUUGACAUUUCCCGAUGGGUCGAAUAUUUUGAUAGAGGAUUUGGGAAUCGAACUCGGAGAACGGAUCAAAUUCAGAUUGGUUGCCAAAUGUUGUGAGCUUCAAAUUACAAACGAGGAGUUUUUAUUACUAUUGGUAUUGAUAUUUAGUAGUCCAGCUAUUGAAGAUCUCUCAGAUACGGGAAACCUUCUUCUAUCUUCGUUCCAAAGUUAUUACAGUUCAAGUCUUCUUAAAUAUUGUAUGCUUACUUUUUAUCAAGAUGGUCCAAUCAGGUUCACAAAAUUAUUGGACGUAUUUCAAGUUGUUGGGCAACACUAUGAAGAUCUCAAUCGAUACUUUGUAUUCUUGCAGUUGACUAAUCCAGAGUUUCAACUGGAUGAUAUUGUGAAAAAAGGCUUUAACUUGUUGUGA